AGAUAGCUGCAGCCAAUGCCAUCGUUAGGCAUGUAUAGCUGAAACUGUGUCGUUUUGCGAAAUCUGUCAAACUUCAUCUCUCCCCAGUCACUAACUAGAGCUUGAUUUGUUGUUGUUCUUUCUCCGGCUCCGAUCUCGAAGAAGAUGAGAGUACUACUAUCCUUCCUUCUUCUUCUUUUUCUUGUCCUUGCUUCUUCUGCUAUUAGAUCGAGCUCGUCUCCCGUGACCGAUCCGUUUCUCGGCAUUUCUCCUCAAGAUGAGAAGUAUUACAAAUCAUCUUCGGAGAUUAAGUGUAAGGACGGAUCAAAGAGAUUCACCAGAGCUCAGCUCAACGACGAUUUCUGCGAUUGCGCUGACGGCACUGACGAGCCAGGCACCUCAGCUUGUCCUAAUGGAAAGUUCCAUUGUCGGAACGCAGGCCAUUCUCCCUUAGUUUUGUUUUCUUCAAGAGUUAAUGAUGGUAUCUGCGAUUGUUGUGAUGGAAGUGAUGAGUAUGAUGGUAAAGUGGCGUGCUCAAAUACAUGCUGGGAAGCUGGAAAAGCUGCUCGAGAGAAUCUUAAGAAGAAAAUCCAAACGUAUAAUCAAGGGGUUGUGAUAAGGAGGAAGGAGAUCGAGCAGGCGAAAGUGGGUCUGGACAAAGAUGAAGCUGAACUAAAAAAGCUGAAAAUCGAGCAGAAGAUUCUGAAAGGGCUUGUCCAACAGCUCAAAGAUCGCAAAGAACAAAUUGAGAAGAUAGAGGAGAAGGAGCGUCUCGAGAAAGAAAAGGAGGAGAAGGAAAGAAAAGAAGCUGAAGAAGCAGCCCAGCCGGGAAAGGGGGACGGUGAGGAGAAGACAGAUGGCAAUGAAAAGGUUGAAGGAAGCACAGACGGUGGAGAGAUGCCUGGAGUUUCACAGGACGACGAAAUUCUCGAUGAAAACGAACAUCAUGAUGAGACUGGUAGAUACAAGGACUUGGAUACAGAUGAGGAGUCAGCAGCUGAAGCUGAACCAACAAGUGUAUUGGAAGAGGGAACGCACAAUAAUCCUGCAGACCAGCAUGUUGUGGAGACGAAGGAGGAAUCUCCCUCAUCUGAGGAUCUCAUCAUCACAGCUGGAUCUCAACAUGAUGGUAGUACCAAAAAGGAGGAAUCAGACGAGGUGAAGAAGGUGGAGGAGGAUAUUGUAUCGGAGAAGAAGGAAGCGUUGUCAAAGGAGGAAUUGGGGCGUCUUGUUGCCUCUCGUUGGACAGGAGAGAAUUCUGAUAAGCCAUCUGAGGCAGAUGAUAGCCCGAAAGCUGAUGAGCAUGAAAACCUUGAGCACACGCCCACCAGUCCACAGGAAGUAGAGGAAGAUGAUGGAUUUGUGUCAGAUGGUGACGAGGAAACAGGCGACGAUGGAAAAUACAGCGACCGUGAACCCGAAGAUGAUACAUAUGAAGAGGAGUAUCGCCAUGAUUCUACUUCUUCCUACAAAUCUGAUGCGGAGGAUGAUCUCGAUUUAUCAGAGACAACCUCAAGUCCUACCUGGUUGGAGAAGAUACAAAAGACCGUCAAGAACAUUUUACAGGCUGUGAAUUUAUUCCAAACCACCCCAGUGGACAAAUCAGAGGCUGAUCGGGUACGCAAGGAAUACGAUGAGUCGAGCUCAAAGCUUAAGAAAAUACAGUCAAGGGUUUCGAGCUUAGAAAAGAAGCUAAAACAAGACUUUGGUCUGUAUGAUAAAAACAUCCUAAGCCAUUACUUACGUUUUACCUUUUUCGAGUUAGUCCUUAGUAUUUUUUUUCUUAUUACAGGACCGGAGAAAGAGUUCUAUUCAUUCCAUGGUCGUUGUUUUGAGAGCAAACAGGGCAAGUAUACUUACAAAGUCUGUGCAUAUAAAGAAGCAACACAAGAGGAGGGCUAUUCAAAGACUCAGCUAGGGGGAUGGGAAAAGUUUGAGAACUCGUACCAGUUCAUGACAUAUACAAACGGAGAUAAGUGUUGGAACGGUCCCGAUAGAAGCCUAAAGAUCAAGCUAAGAUGUGGGUUGAAAAAUGAGCUUAUGGAUGUUGAUGAACCAAGUCGUUGCGAAUAUGCGGCAGUUUUAUCUACUCCAGCUCGGUGUCUAGAAGAUAAACUUAAAGAACUACAAGAAAAGCUCGAGAAGUUGAUGAACCAAGACCAACCUCAGAAGCACGACGAACUGUGACCAUGUUUCUCGGAUUUGUGUCAAUUUAGACUACUAAUCUUGCUCUAUCUCAAAACGUCAAGAGGACAAAAAGUAAAAGUAUAAACAGAGACGUUUUUUGGUCGGAAGAGAAUUGAUAAGUUCAAGUUUUACCUCAUUGAACAAUGGAGGUUCUAUUUAUCAACAGUACUUCAGACAAUGUUAAACUUUUGGUUAAGAGAAAAGAACAGUUAGAAAUCUGAAA